ACGCGAUAUUAUAUUUAUUUAGUGGACAUGUUCACGUACUACGAGAUCAAUCUUCUUGGCCAGACACAGAAUAUAAUUAGUCGAGUUCAUGACGCCGAUAUUGUAGACUCGAUUAACCAAAAAGCCUGUUGUCGUGAUACAGGUGUACGGCUUCAUUCCUUCUCCUGACCUACACACACAAGGAUGAAUACAAUGGGCACAUUUACCGUCUGCUCGCAGUGCCUGCGAGCCCUUCGAAGAAGUAUUCGACAAGAGGCUGGUCAAUUGACGAGCGGUGCAUCCGCCGCCAGACGGCAACAGCAAUAUCUCUCCACAACCUCCGCAGGCAGAGCACGAGCAGCACCGCAGACGGCCACUACUACUAGAGAGCAACCUGUCAGUCAGGUUACUCCACCAACUACGGCAUCGACAGUUACCUCAAAUGUCACAGCUACACCACCCAGCGACGAAGCGUCUGCGCAACAAACCCCCCGGGGCCCAAGCAUACCCGAUGGCCUAUCCGUAUCCGAGAUGCAGAAACAGAUCCAAGGCUCACUCAACCGUCCUGACAUGGUGACGCGCCUGGCGCAGGGGCUACGCAAGACCGCCAAAGCCACGACGCAAACCUACAUCACCUACGGACAGACAGACAUCCUGUUCAAGUCGUGCGCGAAACAAGCGGACUACUUCAUCCCAGAAGACCAGCGUAUGCAGAUCCUGACGGGAAAGACUCCCCCCAAGGCAGCCGACGGGGCGGACCUGGGCCAGCCAGUGGGCGAGCCGUCGUGGUGGUUCAAUACUUUGGAUCUUCCACCAACAUUUUCCACCUGGUCAGGAGUGACGUUUCUGCACAUGUACCUUUUGACUGUGCGGCUGCGAGAUAUACAGGACGCGGCCGCGUUCCAGAGUUAUCAUCGAUACCUGAUUGAACACUUUUCACAGCAGGCCGAGGAGAAGAUGAUAAUUCAGCAUAACAUGACUGCUCGAGGCGUGAGGAAUAAAUACCUGAAAGAUCUGUUUCUGCAGUGGCGGGGCAAUAUCCUUGCGUACGAUGAGGGUCUGCUUAAGGGAGAUGCUGUGCUGGGAGCGGCAGUCUGGAGGAAUCUGUUCCGUGGACAAGAGGACGUGGACUGGGAGAAGGUCGCGCUGGUGGUCGGCUUCAUGCGUCGGGUUAUCAGCAAGUUGGGGCUGAUGCGUGUUCAUGACAUACUGCAUGGAAUGGAUGGCCCCAAUGGUCACUGGGCCUUAGCACAGAAGGAUGCUGAGGCAUUGGUGGCCAGGGACAGCAAAGGGAUCACCGAACCUUUCGAGAAUUGAGAGAAUGCCCCUCCUACUGAUGACGCCUCCGUUUCACAGUUGAAGGAAUGUUCUCAAAGUCGAAUCUUUUACGUUGUAUUACUACAAUUUGUCAAUGCUGGUACAUGUCGGUGAGACGAGUUAGGGUUCUAUCAGAAUAUCGGAUGCCAUAAUCCCAGAUUCUCACCAACGACGUCUGAUAGAAAAUCACAGGGGUUGGAGAGGGGGAAAGGAUUUGGCGGAAACAUCAAGAAACAUGGUUAACGAAGCUUGCAACGAAAUCCUGGUAAAUUCUGAGAUUACAAGAAAAGAACCCAUGUCAACGAAUGUCCCAGAUUUCAAGCCCAAUGCAAUCCAAGUAUGUCAGAACUAAACCAAUCGACGCCUGCAUAACCCUGCUAUACCCGCCUAUCAAACCUUCAGGCCUUGGCCUAAAGAGCUCCUGCUCAAUCUUCAUGCUGGAAUUGAAUACGCAGUCUUUAGUCGAUAGUCACAAUAUUAGCGAGGUCAUUGGAGGCCAAGACGGAGUAUUACCUGGAGAACAAACGUUGCUCGUUCAUCAUAAACCCCACCAGCUGAUGGCUCAAGCCUCGGCCGGUGGAAGCCGACACCAACACAUCCCCAUCAAUAGGUAGGUCUUGUAGCCCUUUGGGCACGAACUGAGGCCCGAGCACGGCAAGGACGGUGUAAGUGACCCUGCGUCAACUGGUGGACCUGAUGCCUCCAUGGUCUUCAGGCUCGAAGGGAUGGCCUCUUCGUCUACCUCCGGUAGCGCGUUUCGUGGCUGGUGCUUGAGCAGAGCAGGGCUGGUAACUGUGCAAGGCUGUAUUGUGUUGCUUGAUAAAUCAUUACUUUGGUCUCGGAGAAUGGAUGUUGGGAAUGUAUCAUGUGGAUACACAGUUGCGGGGCCUCUGACAGCUCCGAUGCCAGUGUCAUCUAAGACGUGGUCGCCGGUGUCGUCAUGCUGAUUCGAGCCAGCAUCGGUAUCGACGUCGGUUCCUGGCGCCUCUGGAAUGGCGGGAGAGCCGUUCGGGAACCAAAGAAAGGCAUCGUCGUCAUCGAAGUCCUGGCUGUCAAUGAGGAUCGUCUUGUCAACCACAUGGAUAUAAUCCAGACGGGGAAGAGCGGUGACAAGUAGCCGGCAGCCCAAGACAGCGGCCAUAGACCACAUGGUCAAAACUUUGCAAGUGUACAUGUCGACAGAAUGAGUCAGAAGCUGCGUCUUUGCACAGAGUCGAAGAAGAAGAAGUAAGUUCGGCCUUGCGCCUGAAUAUGAAGGAUUUGGGAGCAGCACUGCUAUAGAGGUCGUGCAAGGAUUUCUUGAAAUCCAGCGUCGCAGCCCUCAAGUUUUGACAGGUGUUGUCCUGCCUAGCGAUUGGAAGGGAAUUCAGCUUAAGCAGGCACCAUCGUGCAAGGGGCUUCCAUCCAACAGCAGCCAGGUCAGAAUACUCAAAUCGCCUGACAGGAACACACCACCUUUUCGUCCCGACACCGACAGACCUUCACGGCCGUGCUUCGUUCUCGAAUGCAACACAGAACGGCAAGUUUUUCUCACCUGGAAACGAGUCACACUUGCUGCAGAGGGUGCAAAACUUCUUUCCCAGCGGUCACCUGUGCGACAUGAAGCCUACCACGCCUUCGGCAGAUUGACCACAGGUCGCGCGGAUCUUGUUGGGAGGUGGCUGCAAGCAGCCUAUCGGUGUUGACAAGAUCCGGCUGGGUGUGGAGGGCCAACGCGUCCUCUGGUUGUCCGGCUGCAUGUCUGCGAAAUAAGACGUAUCGAAAAGAUCAGACAAUGUAGAAAAGGCCGGCUGCCUCUGCGCCCCGGUACUCAGGUACCUUGCCGUCCCAGCAGAUCAGAUCGUGAUAUGCAACCAAAAUCCACCAACGUGGGCAUUGUUUCUCAUCCCGUUGUGGAUUUAAGAAAGGACUUUCCUCUCCUUCACCAACCUUAUGUCAGACAGCGUGUGCCAUUAUGAAUGAGCCUCUUUACAGAGCUCUCAUCUGAUAAACCACUCGGUGCUGGUAUUGUAGCACCGGGACAUGCAUGUAAAUGAGCCGACCAGUAUGGGUGUGAUAAGAUCGCUUGCACCUUGUGGAUAGACCACUCCAGCAAAAUGUAGUUUUCAGAAUGAAGAGCGACAGCAAUACUGGCAAGGUGUUUACAUUCAUGAAAAGAAUAACUUGACGUACAAUUAAGACAAG